GCAGAGGCUGCCAAGUUUGGGCCUAUCCUCUCCUCCUGUCCUUAUUUGGUGCGCUCCAGGUGAUAAGGCUGAGACAUAAAGGGGGCUGUGGGCCCCUCGCAGCAACCAGGCUGCUGCAGAGAGAGACGAUGGCCAGCAGGAAGGCAGGGACCCGGGGCAAGGCUGCGGCCACCAAGCAGGCCCAGCGAGGCUCUUCCAACGUCUUUUCCAUGUUUGAGCAAGCCCAGAUCCAGGAGUUCAAGGAAGCCUUCAGCUGCAUCGACCAGAAUCGUGACGGCGUCAUCGGCAAGUCGGACCUUCGAGAGACCUACUCGCAGCUAGGGAAGGUGAAUGUCCCAGAAGAGGAGCUGGAUGCCAUGCUGCAGGAAGGGAAGGGGCCCAUCAACUUCACUGUCUUCCUCACACUCUUUGGAGAGAAGCUCAACGGGACAGACCCCGAGGAAGCCAUCCUGAGCGCCUUCCGCCUGUUUGAUCCCAGUGGCAAGGGCGUGGUAAACAGGGACGAGUUCAAGCAGCUUCUCCUGACCCAGGCAGACAAGUUCUCUCUGGCCGAGGUGAAGAUUCCGGCUCCUUCGACACCCCUCCAGGCCCCUUCGCAGGGCCCCCACCCCGCAGGGCCCUGGGGAGGUCUCGGUGACCCACUGCCCUCGUGGGCGUAGAGCCCAGCUUUCCGGAGGAGGUGCCAUCUCUCUUGGGAUCUGGAGGGUGAAGGACAUGGAAUCAGAAAAGGAGGAGGGUGCAGGCUGGGUGAGCUGUGUGUGCAGAGGCCCAGGCGUGAGAGUGCGGUGCACCUCCGGAUC